CUGAAGGUGCUGAAACCAACGAAACUCACGAACCAGCUGGCUGUGAGCUCGCUGCUUCAGCCACGGCGGCAUUUAACCUUUUGCUGCCGUUGACGCUACACAUUACGCGCGUAAGCCGGGAAGCAUGCCGUCUACGCACGCUGCGUGGCCACACCGGUCGCAUCUUCUUCGGAGAACGACGUGUUGAUAUGCGUCUUCGGACACCGAGGGCCAGCAACGUUUUAACACCGUCGCACGAAGGAAGCAACCAUCAUGGCCAUGAACAGGGCCAUGAGCAUGGGCAAGCUGAUCGGCUGCGUGCUGGUCAUGUGGUUGCUGGUCGUUCUCAUGAUCAGCGGCCCCUUAUUCCACAGCGGUGAAGCGGACGAGCAAGUGCUGGCAAGGCUAACCCGUGCCGUGGGUGAGCUCGAAACGCUCAAGCAACAGAACGAAGAGCUGCGCUCCCUGCUCAACGCCAUCAAAGAGCCCAGCAGGAAAGAGGAGGCAAAGGUGCCGAAGGAGCCAAUCAUCCAGCAGACAGGAUGUGGCGAGCCCAGCCAGGAGUACGAGGUGCGACGGCGCAGGGUGGCCGAUGGUGUCCAGGAGUUUUGGUUCUAUGCGCGUGCGCAACUCAAGAAGUUGCUGCCCAAACUGAAACAGGAAGACAAAGCCACAGUGCAGCGCAUCAUCGAUGAUUUGGCAGAGCAUCGCCGCGCCAUCCAGCUGGACCUGGAGGAGAUGCGGCGGGCGGACGGCCACGAUGCGUGGCGUCAGGCCGAGUCGCGUGCCCUGACAGACCUGGUGCGCUCCCGCCUGUCACAGCUGCAGCAUCCGGCCGACUGCGGCCAGGCGCCCAAGCUGGUGUGCAGCCUGAACAAGGGCUGUGGGUAUGGCUGCCAGGUGCACCACGCCACCUACUGCCUAAUAACGGCGUACGCCACGCGUCGCACCCUGGUGCUCCACUCCAAGGGCUGGCGCUACUCGUCCGCUGGAUGGGAGAGCGUCUUCCUGCCGGUCAGCAACAGCUGCACUGAGGCCCCUUCGGGUGUGCCGUGGUCGGCGGACGUGGCCAAUGCACCCGUCGUCGAGCUGCCCAUCAUCGACAGUGUGCAGCCACGGCCAGCUUUCCUCCCCCUCGCCGUGCCCGAGGACCUCUCGGCGAGAAUCACACGGCUCCACGGCCAACCCGGGCUGUGGUGGGUGUCGCAGGUGCUGGGAUAUCUGCUGCGGCCACAGCCCAGCCUGCAGGGCUUCUUCGACAAGGCUGCGCGCGACAUGCACUUCCAGGGGCCUGUCGUGGGCGUGCACGUGCGCCGCACCGACAAGGUGGGCACUGAAGCUGACUUCCAUGGCAUCGAGGAGUAUAUGGAGCACGUGGCCGACUACUUCGAGCGGCUCGCCCUCAAGGGAGGAGCCGUGCCCCGCCGCCGCGUCUACCUGGCCACGGACGACCCCAAGCUGUUAGGGGAGGCGCGCAGCAAGUACCCCGACUACCAGUUCUAUGGGGAUAGCCGCAUCGCCAACACGGCAGCCUUGGGCCAGCGUUACAGCUCCGAGUCCCUACGGGGUGUCCUGCUAGACAUCCAUAUGCUAUCCCGCUGCGACUACCUGGUCUGCACCUUCUCGUCUCAGGUUUGCCGUUUGGCCUACGAGAUCCUGCAGCUGUCGCACGUGGACGCCGCGGACCGCUUCCACUCCCUGGACGACAUCUACUACUUCGGGGGCCAGAAGCCCCACAACCAGAUCGCCAUCCACAACCAUACUGCCCGCUCGUCCGAGGAGAUCGAUGUGCGUGUGGGCGAUACUUUGGGCAUUGCGGGCAACCACUGGGACGGCUACAGCAAGGGUAUCAAUAGGCGGACGGGUCGCUCUGGACUCUACCCGGCGUUCAAGGCCGUGGAAAAAGUCGACUCCGUCCCCUUUCCUGUGCAGUGACACUGCUCUUCCUUUUUUUUUACCUGCUUUUAUGAAUCUUCUCUCUUCUGUGUGUUGUUGGAGACUGUUUUUAACCCUCGCUGUGUCGCACACUCCCGAUGUGGCAUUGGCGAAAUAGGGCCAGCAACGGGACUUCCGGGAAUGUGGGCGGCCCUUCUUACUUCUUUAGGUUCUUGGCAAAUAUUUUGUGC